GUUGGUGAGGCGGUGAGUAUAGCGGCAGGCGUUGAUGCCGUGGAUGCCGAUGGAGUUUUUAUCGUCGUGGCGGUUGUCGCCGUCGUGGCAGGGAAGCGGGGCGGUCGAGGAGGAAGAAUUGCAGCCAAGGGGGACAGGCGACGGUGUGCGUGGGUGGGCGAGGGAAUGCAGGGCAGGGGAGCGGAGCGACGCUGUGCUGUGUCUGUGUCUGUGUGUCGAUGCACACACAGACACACACAGAUUGGUCUGGGCAUGGCAUGA